CUUUAUUUAGAUGACCAAUAUAAAUGGAAUUCUAAUAUUUUCCCUUGUGGAAAGACCACUGAUGUAAUGAGCAACUGACUUAAACAGGUAUAUUAUUGCAGUUCACUUUUGAGAUCUAGCAGGUUGCUGUUUCCUUCUCCAAGGGAUCUUCCCCACCCAGGGAUUAAACCUGGGUCUCUUGCAUUGCAGGCAGAUUCUUCACCAUCUGAGCCACCAGAGAAACCCCAAAAAAGAUUAUUGCAGUUCACCUUUGGAAUCUAGCCACAAUGAUGAAGUUUGGAUGGCUGUAGCACUAACAGAUGUAGCAGUGUAGAGUAAACUAGCUCUUUGAUUCAGGCUCAACUUGGUUCCGAGGGCGAGUUUAAGAUCCUAUGGUUUAUUUAUCUGUGAGCAAUUCUCUUAAACAUCGAGAGUCAUUUUGUGCUUUUUUGUCUUGCUUUAAAGCAGGUGAUUAGGGAGAACACAUGCACAAAAGUGCAUCUGAACAGCUGGUGGUUACUCACUCACAGGAAGCGGUAACUUGGUUUUCUUUUCCUUUCUGUUGAGUUAUGUUAACGUAGAAUGAGCAUUUCCCUUUUUACCAGAGAAGAAAAAUUUGUUCGGCCUAGUGAAGCUUCAGGAGGGAGAGACUUAAGGGAACUGAUAUUUUUAAAUAUCUUGCUACUCAAAUAACAGCAAUACAAUGAGCUUCCGAGGAAAGGUUUUUAAACGGGAUCCCAGUGAAUUUUGGAAGAAGAGACGAACAAUGAGGAGAAAAAAUCAAGAAGAAAUCCACAGAUUUACCUCUCAAGAAAAGCCUCGGCUUCUCGAGCCUUUGGAUUAUGAAACUGUCAUUGAAGAACUUGAAAAGACCUAUCAGAAUGAUCCCCUUCGAGAUCUCCUGUUCUUCCCCAGUGACGACUUUUCAACCACCACAGUAUCUUGGGACAUCCGAACCUUGUAUUCAACAGUACCUGAAGAUGCAGAGCACAAAGCAGAAAAUUUACUGGUGAAAGAGGCUUGUAAAUUUUAUAGUUCCCAGUGGUAUGUGGUAAACUACAAAUAUGAACAGUAUUCUGGAGACAUUCGACAGUUACCUCGAGCAGAAUACAAACCAGAGAAACUUCCUUCACAUUCCUUUGAGGUUGACCAUGAAGAUGCUGAUAAGGAUGAAGAUACCACUUCCCACUCAUCUUCCAAGGGCGGAGGGGGAACGGGAGGGACCGGAGUUUUCAAGUCUGGUUGGCUCUACAAGGGGAAUUUUAACAGCACCGUGAAUAACACCGUUACUGUUCGGUCAUUCAAAAAGCGCUUCUUCCAGCUGACUCAGUUGCCAGAUAAUUCCUACAUCAUGAACUUCUAUAAAGAUGAAAAAAUAUCCAAAGAACCCAAAGGCUGUAUCUUUUUGGAUUCCUGUACAGGUGUAGUACAGAAUAACAGACUAAGAAAAUAUGCCUUUGAAUUGAAAAUGAAUGACCUGACCUAUUUCGUGUUGGCGGCUGAAACGGAGUCAGAUAUGGAUGAAUGGAUCCACACCCUCAACCGAAUCCUGCAGAUCAGUCCUGAGGGGCCCCCUCAGGGCAGAAGGAGCGCAGAGCUCACGGAUCUGGGGCUGGAUUCCUUGGAUAAUGCUAUAACUUGUGAAAGCACACCGGAGGAAGCUGAUUCUUCAGACAACAGCCUGCACCCAGACUUCACGAAAUACCUCACAGAAACUGAAGAGACUGUCAAAGCAACUCGAAACAUGGAGAGGCUAAAUCUGUUCUCGCUGGAUCCAGAUAUAGAUAGCUUGAAACUUCAGAAAAAGGACCUUUUAGAACCUGAGUUUGUGAUCAAACCAUUUGAAGAGAAAGCCGCCAAGAGAAUCAUGAUCAUUUGUAAAGCUCUCAACUUAAAUCUUCAGGGAUGUGUGACAGAGAAUGAAAAUGAUCCGAUAACGAAUAUUGAGCCUUUUUUUGUGAGUGUGGCACUUUAUGACCUCAGAGACAGCAGAAAGAUUUCUGCUGAUUUCCACGUGGAUCUGAACCACACUGCUGUCAGGCAGAUGCUCUUAGGGGCGUCCGUGGCUGUGGAAAAUGGAAACAUAGACACUGUCACUCCCAGACAAUCAGGAGAACCUCACAUCAAGGGAUUUCCAGAAGAAUGGCUAAAAUUUCCAAAGCAGGCUAUAUUUUCUGUAAGCAAUCCACACUCUGAAAUUGUUUUAGUGGCCAAAAUUGAAAAAGUACUGAUGGGAAACAUUGCAAGUGGUGCUGAACCUUAUAUUAAAAAUCCAGACUCCAACAAGUAUGCACAAAAGAUACUAAAAUCCAACAGGCAGUUCUGCAGCAAGUUGGGGAAAUACCGCAUGCCGUUCGCUUGGGCAGUGAGAUCAGUAUUUAAGGACAACCAAGGGAAUGUGGACAGAGACUCAAGAUUUUCACCACUGUAUAGACAAGAAAGUAACAAGAUUUCAACUGAGGACCUCCUGAAACUAGUAUCAGAUUAUAGAAGAGCUGACAGAAUAAGCAAAACACAGACCAUUCCUGGAAGCCUGGAUAUUGCUGUCGACAACAUUCCUUUGGAGCAUCCAAACUGUGUAACAUCGUCCUUUAUUCCUGUCAAGCCUUUCAAUGUGACGGCAAAACCAGAACCCACAGUGGAAGUGGAAGAAUUUAUUUAUGACUCAACAAAGUGUUGCCGUCCUUAUAGAGUAUACAAAAAUCAGAUUUACAUUUACCCCAAGCACCUCAAGUAUGAUAGCCAGAAAUGUUUCAACAAGGCACGAAAUAUAACCGUGUGCGUUGAAUUCAAAAAUUCUGAUGAGGAAGAUGCCAGGCCCUUAAAGUGUAUUUAUGGAAAACCCGGAGGGCCCCUCUUCACCUCGGCUGCCUACACUGCAGUUCUGCACCAUUCCCAGAAUCCAGAUUUCUCGGAUGAGGUGAAAAUUGAGCUCCCGACACAACUUCAUGAGAAACACCAUAUUCUGUUCUCUUUUUAUCAUGUCACUUGUGACAUCAAUGCAAAAGCUAACGCCAAAAAGAAGGAGGCACUGGAAACACCAGUUGGAUAUGCUUGGCUUCCUUUGAUGAAAGAUGAUCAGAUAGCUUCUCAAGAGUAUAAUAUCCCAGUAGCAACAAGCCUGCCUCCAAAUUAUUUAAGCUUUCAAGAUUCUGCAAAUGGGAAGCACGCUGGGAGUGAUGUUAAAUGGGUCGAUGGUGGUAAACCACUUUUCAAACUAUCGACAUUUGUUGUAUCAACAGUGAACACUCAGGAUCCACAUGUGAACGCAUUUUUCCAACAGUGCCAAAAAAGAGAGAAAGAUAUGUCUCAGUCACCUACCUCGAAUUUCGUCCGCUCUUGUAAGAACUUACUGAAUGUGGAAAAGAUUCAUGCAAUCAUGAGUUUUCUGCCUAUAAUCUUGAAUCAGCUCUUCAAGGUUCUGGUACAGAAUGAAGAAGAUGAAAUAAGCACCACUGUGACCAGGGUUCUGACUGACAUCGUGGCCAAGUGCCAUGAGGAGCAACUAGACCAUUCUGUCCACUCCUACAUUAAGUUUGUGUUCAAGACUACAGCAUACAAGGAGAGAACUAUACAUGAAGAACUGGUUAAAAAUAUGACUGGUCUUUUGCAAUCAAAUGACUCCACAACAGUCAAGCAUGUCCUGAAGCAUUCCUGGUUCUUCUUUGCAAUUAUUCUAAAAUCCAUGGCACAGCACUUGAUUGACACAAAUAAAAUUCAGCUUUCUCGGCCUCAAAGAUUUCCCGAAUCUUUUCAAAAUGAAUUGGACAAUCUUGUCAUGAGCCUUGCUGACCACAUGAUUUGGAAAAACAAAGACGCACUUGAAGAAACAAGAAGGGCAAACCACAGCGUUGCCAGAUUUCUUAAGCGCUGCUUUACAUUUAUGGACCGGGGUUUUGUGUUUAAGAUGGUUAACAAUUACAUCAGCAUGUUCUCCUCUGGCGAUCCCAAGACCUUAUGCCAGUAUAAAUUUGAUUUUCUCCAAGAAGUAUGUCAGCAUGAACACUUUAUUCCAUUGUGUCUCCCCAUAAGAUCAGCAAACAUUCCAGAUCCUUUGACACCUUCAGAAUCAAUACAAGAAUUACAUGCAUCAGAUAUGCCUGAAUAUUCAGUCACGAAUGAAUUUUGCCGCAAACACUUCUUAAUCGGAAUUCUGCUCCGAGAAGUUGGCUUUGCUCUGCAAGAAGAUCAAGAUAUCAGGCACUUGGCUUUAGCUGUCCUAAAAAAUCUAAUGGCUAAGCAUUCAUUUGAUGAUCGAUACAGAGAACCAGAAAAGCAGGCCCAGAUAGCCAGUUUAUACAUGCCCCUCUAUGGCAUGCUUCUGGACAAUAUGCCAAGGAUUUACCUGAAGGACCUGUAUCCUUUUACCGUCAAUACAUCGAAUCAGGGGUCUAGAGAUGACCUCAGUACCAACGGAGGAUUCCACACCCAGUCAGCUAUGAAACAUGCCAACUCUGCAGACACAUCAUUUUCUAAAGAUGUUUUAAAUUCUAUAGCAGCAUUUUCAUCAAUAGCUAUUUCUACAGUAACCCAUGCUGAUUCCAGAGCUUCAUUAGCAAGUCUUGACUCCAAUCCAAGUACCACUGAGAAGAGCAGUGAGAAGACCGACAACUGUGAAAAGAUCCCAAGACCCUUGUCUUUGAUAGGCUCAACUCUCCGAUUUGACAAGUUAGAUCAAGCAGAAACCAGGAGUCUUCUCAUGUGCUUUCUACACAUUAUGAAAACAAUUUCGGAGGAGACUCUGAUUGCCUACUGGCAAAGAGCCCCCAGUCCAGAGGUGUCUGACUUCUUCAGCAUCUUGGAUGUCUGUCUUCAAAAUUUCAGAUAUUUAGGGAAACGGAACAUAAUAAGAAAAAUUGCUGCUGCAUUUAAAUUCGUGCAGUCCACCCAGAACAAUGGAACUCUCAAAGGAUCGAAUCCAUCCUGCCAGACUUCUGGCCUUUUGUCACAAUGGAUGCACACCACUUCCAGUCAUGAAGGACAGAAGCAGCACAGGUCACAAACUUUACCAAUAAUUCGAGGCAAAAAUGCACUUUCUAACCCCAAACUCCUCCAGAUGUUAGACAAUACCAUGACCAGCAACUCUAAUGAAAUAGACAUUGUGCACCACGUGGACACAGAGGCCAACAUCGCGACAGAGGUUUGCCUGACUAUUCUAGACCUGCUGGCCCUCUUCACUCAGGUCCACCAGAGACAACUCCAACAAUCUGAAUGUCAGAAUUCAAUGAUGAAAAGGGUCUUUGACACCUACAUGCUCUUUUUCCAAGUCAACCAAUCAGCCACCGCACUGAAGCACGUGUUUGCCUCCUUGAGGCUGUUUGUUUGCAAGUUUCCUUCAGCGUUUUUCCAAGGGCCUGCUGACCUGUGCGGAUCAUUCUGCUAUGAAGUCCUAAAAUGCUGUAACCACAGGUCACGGUCAACUCAGAUGGAAGCAUCAGCACUUCUAUACUUCUUUAUGAGGAAGAAUUUUGAAUUUAACAAACAGAAGUCAAUUGUACGGUCGCACUUACAACUCAUCAAGGCCGUAAGCCAGUUAAUAGCUGAUGCUGGGAUUGGAGGCUCUCGUUUUCAGCAUUCCCUUGCUAUUACCAAUAAUUUUGCUAAUGGAGACAAGCAAAUGAAAAACAGCAAUUUCCCAGCAGAGGUGAAAGACCUGACUAAACGAAUAAGGACUGUUUUGAUGGCCACAGCUCAGAUGAAGGAGCAUGAGAAGGAUCCAGAGAUGCUGGUGGAUCUCCAGUACAGCCUGGCGAACUCCUAUGCCAGCACCCCUGAGCUGCGGAGGACCUGGCUAGAAAGCAUGGCCAAAAUUCAUGCAAGAAACGGAGAUUUAUCUGAGGCGGCCAUGUGUUACAUCCAUAUAGCUGCCCUCAUCGCAGAAUACCUGAAAAGAAGGGGUUACUGGAAAAUGGAAAAGAUUUGCGUACCAUCCCUGCUCCCGGAGGAUGUCCACCCCUGUGAUAGCAACCCAUUACUAACAACUCCCAGUGGAGGAAGCAUGUUCUCUAUGGGCUGGCCAGCUUUUCUGAGCAUUACACCAAAUAUUAAAGAAGAAGGGGCAAUGAAAGAAGAUUCCGGCAUGCAAGACACACCAUACAAUGAGAAUAUCCUGGUGGAGCAGCUGUAUAUGUGUGUGGAGUUUCUUUGGAAGUCUGAGAGAUAUGAGCUCAUCGCUGAUGUCAACAAACCCAUCAUUGCAGUCUUUGAGAAGCAGAGAGACUUCAAAAAAUUAUCCGAUCUUUACUACGAUAUUCAUCGGUCAUAUCUGAAAGUUGCAGAGGUGGUGAAUUCAGAGAAGCGACUCUUCGGUCGCUACUAUCGUGUGGCAUUUUAUGGGCAGGGAUUUUUUGAAGAAGAAGAAGGCAAAGAGUAUAUUUAUAAAGAGCCUAAGCUGACAGGUCUCUCUGAGAUUUCUCAAAGACUGCUCAAGCUCUAUGCAGAUAAAUUCGGAGCAGACAAUGUGAAGAUAAUCCAGGACUCCAAUAAGGUGAACCCCAAGGAUUUGGACCCCAAAUACGCCUACAUCCAGGUGACUUAUGUCACGCCAUUCUUUGAGGAAAAAGAAAUAGAAGACCGGAAGACGGACUUCGAGAUGCACCACAAUAUCAACCGCUUCGUCUUUGAGACGCCCUUCACGUUGUCGGGCAAGAAGCAUGGUGGCGUGGAGGAGCAGUGCAAGCGGAGGACCGUCCUGACAACGAGUCACUUGUUCCCCUACGUGAAGAAGAGGAUACAGGUCGUUAGCCAGUCGAGCACAGAACUGAAUCCCAUUGAAGUGGCGAUUGACGAGAUGUCCAAGAAAGUUUCCGAGCUGAAUCAGCUUUGCACAAUGGAAGAGGUGGACAUGAUCAGACUGCAGCUCAAACUCCAAGGCAGUGUCAGUGUCAAGGUUAAUGCCGGACCAAUGGCCUAUGCACGGGCUUUUCUUGAAGAAACCAAUGCAAAGAAAUACCCUGACAACCAAGUAAAGCUUUUGAAGGAAAUCUUCAGGCAAUUUGCAGAUGCGUGUGGCCAGGCCCUGGAUGUGAAUGAGCGCCUCAUCAAGGAGGACCAGCUGGAGUACCAGGAGGAACUGAGGUCCCAUUACAAGGACAUGCUCAGCGAGCUCUCGGCAAUCAUGAAUGAGCAGCUCUGUCGCGGUCCAUGUUUAUACAGCUUCUGUUCCUCUGUGUCUAGUAUUUCCCUCAGUACUGUAAGCAAAAGUGAUUACCUACCGGGACGACCCAUCAAAGCGAGGAGUGGAGCGAACUUGCACUCGAGUAAUUAACAAGGCGGCUCCCUCUCUGCCCGCGGUCUCUGUCUCACCCAGUGGAGAAGUUUGAGAAGUCCACAGCAUCGGACACUCCUCCUUCAAGGGAACUGUCUGAAUUUGCAGCUAAUCUCGGGGAAGAGAAAGAUAACAUUUAAUUUAUUUGAAGUUUUUAUGGUGGUGUUCAUAUUGUUUUUUACCUCGCUAGCUUGAGAAUUUUGCCAGCCUCCAGAUUUGCACAUUUCUUACAAUUUUUUUUUCCUUUGAGUGACAUCGAUCAAGCCAAGCUGAAUAUUUGCUAUGAAAUUCCAAUGAAUGUGUAAUUCAAAAGCUGACUGUAAGUCUGCUGUCGGUCACAUUAUGUUCAAUAGCCAGUCCUCGCACACAUAUUUUAAAGGUCAAAGUGAAUGUUUUUGUAACAUUUAAGCAUAUUUCAGAUGUAAAUAGAAGAUUGUAAAAUAUAUGGUUUUUACCAAAUUUAAAAGAGCCUUUUUAGGUAUUACUUAUGACAGUGCUAAAAUUAUAUGAGUAACAUUUCAGAUACUGUUGUAUUAAAAUAUUUGUGUAUGUGUACAAAAGUGUUGAUAAAUACUAAUCUUUAAAGUUUGUGGAGUUUCUUUCUUUGUAAUAUAUGUGCUCUUAAAAGCAAUGAGAUGUGAAAUUAUGGAAGCCUUUUGUUGUUCAUAGAAAUAAAAAAAUACAAUUACUUUGCA